CUCGCAUUCACUGAGCAGCCAUUUUGGUGUGCAGGGAGUGCUCGAGUACCCGAAAAUUAGUGCUUUAGUGUCCCAAAAAGUGUCCCAAACGGGCGGCGAAUCCACGAAAAUACCUAGUUAGUGAUACAUAUGGCUUGUUUAAAUACGCUAAAGCAGGAAAUUCGGACGCUAGAAUCGAUAUUUACGAAAAACCAUGAACGAUUUCAGAUCAUCUCAGCGAGUGUUGACGAAUUGACUUGUAGGUUUAUCGGAAAGAACGGUGUUGAAUACACGAUCCAUGCGAAUAUUACAGAAACAUACCCCGCCGUACCGCCCGUAUGGUUCGCGGACUCCGAAGAAACUAGUAUAGCGAAUGCCGUUCAAAUAUUAAGUAAUACCGAAGGUUUGGACAAUCACGUCCUCUACCAAGUGAUAAUACUUCUCAAAGAGCUGUGUCGAUUGCACGCGGUGCCCGAGCCUCCCGACUUAGAUUCACUACACAUUUUAGAUCGACAAGCGACCAAUCGAAUAAGCACGCGAUGUAACAGCAGCAGCCAAAGCGGCGGCGACGAAACCAUGAUGGAGGACGAGGGCCUCGACAGCGACGCCGACUUGGACAUCGGAGAGAGCGAAGGAGAGGACGAAAGCGACGCCGACGAGGAUCUCGCCAUGGAGAUGGAGGAUAACAGAUCGAAGGCGGACGAGAUGGGCGUGGAACACCUGGCGACGUUGGAGAGGCUCAGGCAGAACCAGAGGCAGGACUAUUUAAAGGGCUCGGUGUCGGGUUCCGUCCAGGCGACAGAUCGACUGAUGAAAGAAUUGCGGGACAUCUACCGUUCGGACUCGUUCAAAAACAAAAUGUACCAAAUCGAGCUGGUCAACGAUUCGUUGUACGAAUGGAACGUGAGGCUGAUGUGCGUCGAUCCGGACAGUCCGCUCAGCCACGAUUUGCAGAUGCUCAAAGAGAAGGAGGGAAAGGAUUCCAUACAAUUGAACAUGUUGUUCAAAGACACUUACCCGUUCGAACCGCCCUUCGUCAGGGUGGUGCAUCCGAUUAUAUCCGGUGGUUAUGUGUUGGUGGGUGGAGCGAUAUGCAUGGAAUUGUUAACGAAACAAGGCUGGUCGAGCGCUUACACCGUAGAAGCGGUGAUAAUGCAAAUAUCCGCUACGCUCGUUAAAGGUAAAGCGCGGAUCCAAUUCGGAGCUCCGAAAGUCUGUUCGCAGGGACAAUACAGCUUGGCGAGGGCUCAACAAAGCUUUAAAUCACUUGUACAAAUCCACGAAAAAAACGGUAAGUUCUUUUUGACCUAUUCUUUUAUGGGAAUACAGGUUGUCCAGAAAAUUAUCCCAAUAAUUCGGGAGCUUAUAGAUGAAAUUAAAACAAUGGUAUAACUGCAUACAAAUUUGAGAGGCAUACAAAAAUAGAGGCCUUUAAAGUUAAAAAUUUAUAACUUAUUUUUACGUUUUAUUCCCUAAUUGUACAUGGGAGAAAGGAAAAAUUUUUGUGGUUUAUUAACUACACCAGUAUGCCCAAUUUGGUGGUUAAAUGAAUCCUGGAAGUCGACAAAAUUAACGGUUCAAGAAAAAUUUCAAUUUUUAAAUUAGGUAGAGGGCUCAAAAAUUGGGGGACAAAAUGUGGGCUCAAAUGAACAAAAUCUAUAUGAACUUAUACCCUUAUUUGAUGUCUUAAUUACGAAUUAUCUAUUUUCUGGACACCCUGUAUAUCCAGUGUGUAUGAUUGAAAUUUACAUAUUUUUGAUUCAAUACAAACUUACUGCACGAGUUGUGCAUAUACAAAUAUUAUGGAGGAUGAAAUGUAAUAUGAGAACAAAUUUGAAUUUACAAAGAGGAGUAUAUUUUGGACAAUAUUUCGAAAAAUCGCCUCGACUCGAUGAAUAAUUUUUAUUUAUUUUCAGGAUGGUUUACACCUCCCAAGGAGGACGGUUAAGAUGCACGGACAUUUUUUUUUAUUAUACUAUACAUAAAUAUAAAUAUUUCCGUUUUAAUUUUCCGUGGGUGGUAGAUGAAAUCUUAUCAGAUUCACCCGGGCGAUUCGUAAGAUUCGGUUAAUCGUUUGAACGAGUUAAAAUUAGUGCCUACGGAUGAUUUACAACAGUGAAGAAAAUGUGAGCCAUUUCGUAUUAUCAUUUCUACCUGGAAACUUAUUUUGUUGUGAUCAAUGAUGGGUGAAUCUAAAAAAUUGACUGACUUUAAAUUAUACAAAAUAUCCGGGUCAUUCCUUUAAUAUCAAAAACUCGGUUUAUUAUGGGUUUGUUUCCAAUUAAUGAUCCAUCAACGUACAAACUACUCGGUGAUUGCGCUUUGGAAAAUUUUCCAUUUCGCAACUAUUGAUUCGUAAUUGAACUGAUCAAACGCUGAUUGGGAACAAAGCUUACGUUGGAUUCAUCUUGUAAGGGAAAAAUCGAUUAUAAUAUUACGAUACAAAUUUCAAUUUUGAUGUUUAUCGUUUGCCCCUUUUUACUGUUUUCUUUCGUUUUUUCGAGUAGACCCUAAACUAGAAAACAAAAAAUUCUAAUUCCUUGAAGUGUGCAAUCGUUUGUUUUUGUUUGAAAUAUUUUUUAGAAGGAAAUUUAAAAUUGCGUGUAUGUACAGAAGAUCCCUUUCGAAAAUCUAGCCUAGUUUAUCACAAAUUUUGGUGCUUAUACUAGGUUUUUUAAAUUGAUUAUCGUAUUUUGAAUGAUUUUAUAAAAAAGCGGCCUGUUAUUUUUUUAUAAAAUGCAUUAUUAGAAACAUCUAAAUUUUAUAAUAAUGGGAUGUAAUGAAAGUACUGGAUUUAAGGUGGAAAAUCGAAAUGAAUAUCUCGUGAUAAUUGAAGUGAAAAAGAAAGAAAUUUUAUAAAAACAUCACAAAUACUUGGGUAUUAUUUGAACCAUUAAUGAACGUUCCCAAAAGGGUUUUAAAUAACCCAAACACACAUAAGUGCAUUUCAGUUUGCAAUAUGGUCAAUUCUAUGAGUUGAACAAGGAAAGGUUAUUAAAAUAACGGUGGAUAGAGUGAGACAAUUGCAAUACCACAAUAACUUUUUUCCUUUAUAGGUGUCUAAUGGAAGUUGUCUUUGUUGCACCCAUAGCCUAUAUUGCAAACUAAGAUGCAUCAACGUGUAUAAAGGUUUUGUUUUCUGGGUACUUUACAACCUAUAUAUUGAGUGUUUCAUACAUUUUUCCAUUUCUUUCUCGGCUUAUAAUUUUUAUUCGAUUUUUUUAUAUUUAAAUCCAUUGUUACAACGCUCUGUUCUGUUACAAUUAUCUUCAAUUUUUCAUGUAUUAAACACCCUGUAUCAUUGUUGUUUUUUGUUGAUUUUACGAAACGUAUUAUUUUCUAAAUAAUUGAAAUGGGAUUUUCUGUAUAUAGAGAGAUGUUUGAGAGUGCGUUAUGAUAUUUAGGUCAAUUUUUCAAAUAUUGAAUUAUUUGUCAACAAUGCGUUGAAAACAACGUAGGUUUUAUUAUUUGUUUUAUUUUAUUUUUUGUUCGAAUGAUCCACGAAAAAUAGUUGUAAAGUACAUUGUUAAUCGCGUUCAAUUAAUGUAUGAGACCGAAAUUAAAUUAACCAAACCCCAGUCGGUUGAAUAGAUUGAAAUGUAAAUUAAAUAUUUUUAUCGGCGUCCAUUUCGAACGAUUUUAUUUCGAAAAUGUAGGGUGUACAUGGAUUUUUUUUUGAGAAGAGGUAAUUUAUUUUGUUUUCGGGUAAAUUUUUAUGUAUUUUUUUUAAUUAUACAGCUCUACGUUUUAAGAAGCAGCUACUCCAUACCUCAGUGGAAGUUAUACAGUUUUUAAUUUGAAAAUAGUUGUAUUAAAUUCGUUGGAAUUCACUUUAAUUGGUGCUUUUUCUAUUAAUACAUGUUUGCUAUAAUUAAUUAUUAAUUAGCAUCGUUUAAAGUGAAAUGUAUAGAUUAAGACUGAUUAUUAUUAUUUUCUAAAAAUCUGUAUAAACAAAUUUAACGUGCCAUUUACUUAUACAUAUAAUAUGAUUAUGGCAUUUUUAAUUAAGUUAAAGAACAAAAGCUGCUUCUUAAACGAAACAAUGUAAAAUAUAUCUGUCCAAUUUCUAAUAAACCUACAGUUCAAUACGUGGCCCUAAGCUUAUUUAAGGCACAAAUCUGUAAUCUUAGCGUUAGUUAAUUUUUCGUUUUUAGUUGUAACACUGUAUAUAUUAUAAUUGUUAAGUCUACUUCUUAAAGACGAAGUUAUUGUGAUUAUUUUUAUUUCUAUUUAGUAACGGCGGACAUGUAUCUUUAACUUUUCGUGUAAAAUUUACAGUUUCCAUUGGAUUUAUUUCUGGUUUGUUUAAAUUUAAUGUGGUUUGUCUAAAUCAGAGAUACUGAAUGGUAAAACGAUCGAUCUUUGUUUCUAGCGAUUAUUUAGUUGAAACGUCGGCAGCAAAAUGUCAGGACUGUGUAUAUAUUUAACGAAGUAUGUAUUGUUUUGCUGUAUUAUUCACUAUCAACUGUUUGUCAGUAUGUGCUUUUAGUUUUUAAACUCAAUAAAUUACUACCAUUACAACAAUUAAUUGCAGGUUACUACUUUUUCUUUAAAACGGUAAAGGAAAUCAAUAAAGUGAAGGUAA